AUGGCACCCUGGAAGAGACCCCAUAAAGUCGCCUUGUUGCUCAUCAAUGCAGGGUUUGUGUGUUACCUUGUGCACCUACUGCAGGAGAAGAGCAAGGGAAAGCUUGCUUCCUUGGGAAUGAAUGGUGGUGUUCUGGACCAGCAAAUGAACAUCCUUCAGAGACUGGACCAUUUGGACUGGAACCUUCAUAAUCUCUCAAAGUCAGUGCAGGCAUUCCAUGGAAACAUGAACCGUCUGGAACGUGAGCUGAAGCUGCAAGCUAACGCCGAGGCUAAAGCACACAGAGCUGCUGGCAUGGAGGAGAAAAAGAAGACUCAGCACCGACUGCUGUACCCAGAUUCAUUUUUGUUCAAACACUGGGGAGCAGAUUUAAGUGAAGAGGAACAAACUGUUGCACAGAACUUGUUCUUAAAUUACGGGUAUAAUGUUUACCUCAGUGAUCGUCUACCUCUGGAUCGACCUCUCAACGACACCAGAUCUCUCAGCUGUAAAAGGAAAACCUACCCAAAAGACCUUCCAACACUCAGCGUUGUCCUUAUAUUUAUGAACGAAGCACUGUCAAUCGUCUUACGUGCAAUCACCAGCGUAAUUAACCGAACCCCUUCGCAUCUGCUGAAAGAAAUCAUUCUGGUAGAUGAUUACAGUUCAAAUGAUGAUCUGAAGGGACCUUUGGAAAUGCAAAUCCAAAACUACAAUGCAAAACAUCCCGGACUGCUGAAGAUCAUCAGACAUCAGAAAAGAGAAGGCCUAACUCAAGCCCGUAUUACUGGCUGGGAGGCAUCAACUGCAGAUGCUGUUGCAAUUUUGGAUGCCCAUAUUGAAGUCAACACUGCAUGGGCUGAACCUAUUUUGUCUCGACUGAAAGAGGAUCGCACCGUUAUAAUAUCGCCAGUGUUCGAUAACAUUCGCUUUGAUGACUUUGGGCUUACACAGUAUUCAGUGGCUGCAGAUGGAUUCGACUGGGCACUCUGGUGCCUUUAUGAGCCCUUGCCAGCUGAGUGGUAUGCUCUGAAAGAUGAUACUGCUCCAGUCCGAAGCCCAUCCAUAAUGGGGAUACUUGCUGCAGAUAGGAAAUUCCUAGGAGAGAUUGGUGUGCUGGACAGUGGAAUGCACAUAUAUGGGGGAGAAAAUGUGGAAGUUGCCCUGAGGGCCUGGCAGUGUGGAGGUAAAGUAGAAGUGUUGCCCUGUUCAAGAAUUGCUCAUUUGGAAAGAGCUCACAAGCCUUACUUGUUGGACUUGAGUAUAGCGAUGAAGCGCAAUGCCUUGCGUGUAGCUGAGGUGUGGAUGGAUGAGUACAAGGACAUGGUCUACUUUGCCUGGAAUCUUCCCUUUGAGAAUCAUGGAAUAGACUAUGGAGAUGUUUCUUCUAGAAAAGAGCUAAGGAAAAAACUCAACUGCAAAGGCUUUGACUGGUACAUAAAAAACAUUUACCCAAAUUUAAUAUUUCUUCCCAACAUUGUUGGCUAUGGAACUGUGAGAAACACAUUGAAAGAAGAUGUCUGUAUUGAUCAAGGUGAUGUCCGCAGACAGACACCAAUUCUGUAUCCCUGUCAUUCGUACUCACCACAGUUCAUCUUUUAUCAGAGCUCUGGAGAAAUGUAUGUGGGAGGUUUACAUGCCCGAAGGAAUAACUUUGACAGAUGCCUUACAGACCCUGGAAAUGGGGACCUACCUGCUCUAGAGCAAUGUCCCAUAGGUGUGAAUAAAGGCCUGAACAUGUACUGGGAUUUUAAGCAGGGAUCAGCCAUAAUCAACAGAAGCACUAAAAGAUGCCUCGAAAUCACAGCAGACAACCAAUCUUCAUACAGGCUCGUAAUGCAGACCUGCACAGGACAAAAAUGGAACAUCCAACACACAGUUAGGGACUGGGGAAAGGAAAAGGAUCUGGAACAGAGGACAUAG